GAGAAGAGGACAAAGAUACUCAGAAAAAAGUAAAGGACCGAAGAAGGAGACUGGAGAGACCAGGAUCCUUCCAGCUGAACAAAGUCAGCCGCAAAGCAGACUAGCCAGCCGGCUACAAUUUGGAGUCAGAGUUCCAAAGACAUGGGCUUGUUGGAGUGCUGUGCAAGAUGUCUUGUAGGGGCCCCCUUUGCUUCCUUGGUGGCCACUGGAUUGUGUUUCUUUGGGGUGGCACUGUUCUGUGGCUGUGGACAUGAAGCACUCACUGGCACAGAAAAGCUAAUUGAGACCUAUUUCUCCAAAAACUACCAGGACUAUGAGUAUCUCAUCAAUGUGAUCCAUGCCUUCCAGUAUGUCAUCUAUGGAACUGCCUCUUUCUUCUUCCUUUAUGGGGCCCUCCUGCUGGCUGAGGGCUUCUACACCACCGGUGCAGUCAGGCAGAUCUUUGGCGACUACAAGACCACCAUCUGCGGCAAGGGCCUGAGCGCAACGGUAACAGGGGGCCAGAAGGGGAGGGGUUCCAGAGGCCAACAUCAAGCUCAUUCUUUGGAGCGGGUGUGUCAUUGUUUGGGAAAAUGGCUAGGACAUCCCGACAAGUUUGUGGGCAUCACCUAUGCCCUGACCGUUGUGUGGCUCCUGGUGUUUGCCUGCUCUGCUGUGCCUGUGUACAUUUACUUCAACACCUGGACCACCUGCCAAUCUAUUGCCUUCCCCAGCAAGACCUCUGCCAGUAUAGGCAGUCUCUGUGCUGAUGCCAGAAUGUAUGGUGUUCUACCAUGGAAUGCUUUCCCUGGCAAGGUGUGUGGCUCCAACCUUCUGUCCAUCUGCAAAACAGCUGAGUUCCAAAUGACCUUCCACCUGUUUAUUGCUGCAUUUGUGGGAGCUGCAGCCACACUGGUUUCCCUGCUCACCUUCAUGAUUGCUGCCACUUACAACUUUGCCGUCCUUAAACUCAUGGGCCGAGGCACCAAGUUCUGAUCUCCUGUAGAAAUUUCCCUUUCUCUAAUAGCAAGGCUCUAACCACACAGCCUACGAUGCUUCAUCUCCCAUGUUAACUCUUUGCCUUUGCCACUGACUGGCCCUCUUACUUGAUGAGUGUAACAAGAAAGGAGAGUCUUGUGGUGAUUAAUGUCUCUCUAUGGACUCUCACCUCUUAUGUACCUCUUUUAGUCAUUUUGCUUCACAGCUGGUUCCUGCUAGAAAUGGGAAAUUCUUCAGAUGGUGACUCCCCAACUGCAAGUCACAAAGAAAUGGAGACUGUAAUUCAAUUUUCAAGCAUCUCCUGAGGACCAGGAAAUGUUUUCUUCUCACAGGGCACUUCCACCGAUGGAAACAAAGUGGAAAGAAAGAUACUCAGGUAGAGAGAAGGGAUGUACCUGGUCCCUUUGACACCUAUCAGGGCCAAAUACAUUCUCCUUGGUGUACGAAACAAAGAACCUACUUCUGUCUCCCUCUUACCACUGAAGAUAGAAGAAAAAAAAAAUGCAGACAAAACAAUAGGAGCAUUUGCCCAAAUCUACCUAUUGCAGCUGGGAGAAAAGGGUCAAAGCAAGGAUCUUUCACCCAUAGAAAGAGAGCACUGACCCUGAUGGCGAUGGACUAUUUAAGCCCUAACUCAGCCAACUUACUUAUAGCAUAAGGGAGCAUAGUGUCUGUGUAGCCCAAGGGGGCACUUGGCCUUACACCUUAUUAGAGAAGAGAGGCAAGGUGUUGUCAGCAUCUUCUCACUCCCUUCUCCUUGAUAACAGCUACCAUGACAACCCUCUGGUUUCCAAGGAGCUGAGAACAGAGAGAACCUAGCUCAUAUGAAAUAAAAAGACUGACCGAAGGAGCAGCAGUUGUUAGUGGCUAACGGUGUAAACUGAGCUAGCCCUCUGGUAGACACAGGAUAGCUAACUCUUUAGAUAGCGUGUCUUUUUUCUGUUGAUUAGUUGUAUACUCUGGCCUCUGUCAUAUCUUCACAAUGGUGCUCUUUUCAUGGGGUAUUAUCCAUUCAGUCAUAGAGGAUAAUUAGAAGAUCUUGAUUUGUUUCAGAAUGAUGCAUAUUUCACAUUUUCCAAUUUGUUUAUCACU